GUUACACCCGUAUUCUAAGAUGUUUACUCAAAACUGCCUUCACUCGGUCCUCAGCCAAGGCCACCUUAAGGGAUUCUCAAAAUCUCCUUGAAAUCGGUAUUCUUAGUUGGCACCUCAACCUUAACGGAGGUUUCCUCCAGCGAGGAAGAGUGGAGGUAUGACGUCAUUGUUUUCGUAUUAUUUUGUUGGCAGCAUGAUAGAAUUCUGUUGGCUGUGGUCACGUUUGUAGUUUAUGGGAACAUUUAAACGUCAAACAAAUUGUCAAAUCGACUUUGACAGUUGAUUUCGCGGUACCGGCUUUGUUUAUUUCAAACACAAAUUUCAGACUACUUUGCACUGAGCAAGUUAUCAUCCGUCCCAAACUACUUUGUGGAGUGUGAAAGUGUUUAUUAGAUUUGUAAAAGUGUUUAUCAAGUCAAAAUGUCGAGCGGAUCAACAAGACAAACUUUCACUGAACACGAAAAAGUGUGUCUGCAGGAAUUAGUUUUGAAAUAUAAAUUAAAUUCUGCUGCAACUAUUGGGGCUGGAAAUGCAAAUGUAAAAAAAAUGGCUUGGGUACGCCUUACACAAGAAUUUAACUCCAUUGAGACCAAUAGUAAACGAACAGAGGCACAAUUAAAAAAAUGUUGGGACAAUUUAAAAACCAGAAGAAAACAAUUUCUAGCACAAGAAAAAAGGGAACGCAUGAGGACCGGAGGUGGGUUGUAUGCAGCUAGUACCUCUCAAGGCUCCCAGGAGGCUAUUGAUGCUGCUCUUUUGGAUGCCACAAAUAUAGAGCUACAAGGCGUGUUUGAUAGUGAUAGUGAUAUGGUGUUGGACCACAACAUGUGAGCCCCAGUACCUGAUCUCCCUGCA